AUGGGGAGCAUCUUUGGCCGUCUUCGGGUGAGUUUAAAGUUUUUGAAGUUUUAGGUAGUUGAUGAUGUUGUUAUAGGUAUAUUUUGGUACUUUAGGUAGGUAUUGUUGUUGUUUUUGCUAAAACUCAAUAUUUUAGGUAUGUAUUAACCUUGUUUUAGGUAAAUCUUAGUAUUUUAGGUAAUUAUUGAUGUUGUUUUAGAUAUAUAUUAAAUACCGACAUAAAGAACCCGCGAUACUUUUUCUGUAAUUUCAUGUAAAAAAUGGCGGGUUCUUUAUGUCGGCACCUAAUAUAUUAGUAUUUUUGGUUAAUAUGGACCUUAUUUUAGCCAUAUCUUUAUAUUUUACGUAGAGUAAUAGCUGUUUUGUCACAUUUUAAUGCUAUAGCCUAUAAGUCUGACUUACUACUUUAGGCCUGUAUUGCCAUAUUAUAGUAGACAACCCCCUAAAACCUCACUUUCAGAGCUUCAUCUGCAAGCCCAGCCCAAGUAUCCCCUUAUAUAAGCCAGAAACCACAACAGAUGACACGGAGCUCUACAAACAACAAGUUGACAGUAUUAAUGAAAUACCAAACUUAUUCGCCCUUAAGCCUAAAAACAAGAUUUUAAAUAAGUUAGCGGAUCAGAAGAUAGAAUAUCUUCUGAAGAUGACAUGCUGCCGGAAUCAGAUCUACAAGAAGAUAGGGGAAUCUUGGGGCGAGGCACUGGGGAAGUAAGUUUGAAUAUCUGAAGUUUGUCUACUAUAAUAUAGCCUUCUGUCACGUAUUUAGAAUAGAGUUCCCUACCCUAAGCUAGCCUGCCAUGUCCUGUUAUUGUCUUGUCUUGCCCUCGUCCUUGCCUUGCCCUCCUUUGCCUGCCUUCUUGUUCCCUAUCCUGGAAUACUCUACUACGCCAGAUCUUACCCUAAAAUACUCGACUCUAUUAUAGCCGUUCCUAAACUGUUCUACCCAGACCUACCCAAGACCUACAGUACCCUUCCCCCUCCAUUUAACCUACCCCAACAUUCCCUGCCCUACCCUCAUUUGUUCCAGUUUUCACAACCGCGCCCUGAUGAAAGAUGACAUUCUUCAAACCAAAUUCAAGACCACAUUUCAUAUUUUGUCGCCGAAUGUAAAAAUACUGUUCUCUAACUAUGACGACACGGACAGAUUUGCAUACUUGGAAGAGAGGAGAGUCAUUGUCACUUCGUUUGACGUUUCAUCACAAUAUUUACAAACGGUCGAUUUGGGCGAGCGAUUGGACUUUGGUGACAAUGAACAUGUUUACCUGUUGGAUCACGGACAUAUCAUUGUUAUUUGGGUAUGCCAACUUUUUCAAUUUUUUUUUAUUUCUUUGCCGCAGGCACUAAGCCCUAGACUAAGACCUAGCUUAAGCCCUAGCUUUCGCUAUACUUCAAGUCCAAUUUUAAGUAAGUUCAAGCUCUAGUCUAGCCUCAACAUUUUUUAGAACAAGUCCCACUUUACCCUAAACACCUACAACAUCGAUACCAACAAGCAAAUCUCGACCAAAAAAUUUUGGCUAAAUUGUCUCGAGAGCCAUGGCUCCGUAUACGAUCCCCGUGCCGCUACCGUAUACCUGGCCUACGAUCAACGUGAAAUCAAAGUGCAAAUCCAACAAAAUACAGUAAACUUUUACUGUUGGUACCGCGACAAUGGCGACCAUUACCUUGGUUUUCUGACUCAUGACAGUCUGACCGUAUACAAUGUCAUAUCACACAAGUCGUGGUAUAUUCCAAACAUAUUGCAAAAGGUUACUGUAAGAUUUAUACCAAAAGCCAAAACAUUGAGGUUUAUUGGUGGUGCUCAGUCUUUGCACCAUUUGGACAAUGAACAAGUGGACUCGGUGUCGUGUAAGCAAGGAGAAUGUAUCUACGAACUCACUGAUGACAUACUGUAUGUUCAGAAGGAUUGCAAUCAAAAUAGUGUAAGUCAUGCCUAAUCUUAGCUUGCACUUCCCUACCCUACCCUGCCUUGCCCUACCCUACUAACCUAGCCUACUUUUUCCUACCUUACCCUACUACCCUACCUUACCCUACCCUAUUCUACCCUACUCUACCCUACCACAUCCUACCCUAUUUUACCCUACCGACUCUACCGUAACCUACACUACCCUACUCUAACCUAUCCUACCUUAACCUGUGAUAUUCUACCCUGCUAUACCCUACAUUACCAUGCCAUGUGCUUGCCUUACCCCUAACUCGUGCUACGGUAUCCUACCCACCUUCCCUUUACCCUACCCUUUACUAAACAACUCCCCCCCCCCACUCACACUCUAAAAAUAGUUUACUAUGACACAUCAUUCCAUCUCCUUUUAUACUGUAACUACUCGUCACAUUUUCACCCCAAGCAUACUGUAUAGUGGUUCCCCCCCCUUCCCCCCACCCUAAUCACUAAUACUGUAUGUCACAACCUUUCUGUAGUUUAUACUUUGAAAAACAGCCCAAACUCAUCCUCAACCUCUCGAACAAAUGCCAAUUAUCAUCAAUUUCCCAAACCUAAAAUAACUCGUUUUAGACUGCCAAUUUUCCCGAAACUGUGUUCAUUUACAAUGACACUUUUAAUGACUGGGUUGAAGUCAAACACAACUUGAACCAGAUUAACAAACAAAAGUGCGAAGGCAAGUUGCAGAAAGGCAUCCGCGAAUGCAGAAACAUUCUUUACAACACCACACAGGACGGCAAAGUGUCUCAUUGGCUCUACAUUGAGAGGACUAAUGGUAUGGUUUUGAAAAGUGGCAUUUCUUGAAAUUUCAAAAUGAAAAUUUUUAAAUUUAAAAAAAAUUUUAAUUAAAUUUAACCCCCCCCUCCCCCCCCUUCACCUCCAAACCACUAAAAACCAAAAUUUCAGACGAAGUAAAGUGCACCAUCAAGAAAAACACCAGAAACCCUCACGACGACCAUCAUUAUUACCUAAAAUUGUAUGACAAACUGAGGAAACAAAUUCGUGAUGAAGAAACCCAAAACCUGGCUAUAUCACCCAAAAUGGUCCAACAAUCCAGCCUACCUGAGACAACUGACAAAAGAGUACCAGUAUUAGUACAAACCCAAUCUCAAGGUCAUUUGCUAAACAGAUCUGGCCAAAAAAGUGAAGAACAUGGCCAUAACAUUGAUAAAAGCAGCCAUAGUGACCCAAAAUUUGGUCAUAGUCAAUAUUGGAGUGGUCAGGAAAGCUCGAAAGGCGGUCGUACUUCAAGACAUGGCCGAGAAAAUUCAAAACAUGGACAAGACAAUUCAAGACAUAGCCGAGCAACUUCAAAAACCGGCAAUAAAUCCCUGAAUUCAAGCCAAAAACCAUCAAAAUCAAGCCAGAUUGUCCAACUCGACAGCAUUUCCCAAUACCCAUCGAACAGCGCCAAAGGCGACCAACCGGACUGCAUAAUCGUCAAUAAUUUACCGUCAUAUACUACUAGACAUAACCCACAAGAAUUCACGUACAACAUGCCAAAACCUUCAAGAAAACAGCCGGCUAUAGUUGGAAGACAUGCUUUACCUUACAAAAGCCAGUACAAUGUCAGUGCGACCAAUUUCAAGUCAGAACUUGAAAAUGACAGCCCAUAA